AUGCGGUUUGCACCCCUUCUCGCCGGACUGGCGACCCUGAUCUCGUCCGUCAGCGCAACCGCCCUAACCUACAAGCUCGAGGCGCACGAGAAGGCAUGCUUCUACGCCAAUGUUGAUUCGGCCAACGCCAAGGUGGCCUUCUACUUCGCCGUCCAAUCCGGUGGUUCCUUCGAUUUGGAUUACUCGGUCCUCGCGCCGGGAGACAAGGUCGUCAUGGAGGGUACGAAGGAGAGACAGGGUGACUUUGUCUUUACGGCACAGAGCAUUGGAGAGUACAAAUUCUGCUUCAACAACGAGAUGUCGACCUUCGCGGAGAAGUUUGUUGACUUCGAGGUUGCUGUCGAGAACGAACAACGCACCCAGCUUCCUUCCCGCCAGGGCGCCUCCCCCGAACAGACCUCCGCCCUGGAGGAGUCCAUCUACAAGCUCUCGGCCCAGCUGUCAACUAUCUCCCGCAACCAGAAGUAUUUCCGAACGCGCGAGAACCGCAAUUUCAGCACCGUGCGGAGCACAGAGCGCCGCAUCUUCAAUUUCAGUGUGAUCGAGGGUCUGAUAAUGGUGUCCAUGGCUGCGUUGCAGGUCUUUGUUGUGCGCUUCUUUUUCCAGGGUGCUCGGAAAGGUAUGUUUUAUGACUGA